AUGUGCACGCCAUCGCCGGGUGGCCGCGGGCGCGGGCGCGUGCGCUUGAACGUCGGCGGACGGGUGUUCGAGACCACGGCCGCCACGCUCGCUGCCGCGGGGCGGGACACCAUGCUCGGGGCCAUGCUGGACGCCUCCUGGAACGCCGCGGCCGCGGGCGACGAGGCCGACUACUUCAUUGACCGCGACCCGGCCUGCUUCGCGGUGCUGCUCGACCUGCUCCGCACGGGCGGCCUCCACGUGCCGCCCCACAUCCCCGACGCCGUGCUCUGCCGCGAGGCGCUCUACUACGGCCUCCUCGACCGCGUCUGCGCCGCGCGCUGGGCCGACUUCGACGGCGACCGCCUACGCCUGGCAGCGUCCGUGCCGGGCCGAGCCCCGGGGGACGGCACGGCCGUCCGCGCGGCGCCCGACGGAGGCUGCUGCGUCGCGCACGGCGGCGCCGUGCGCGUCUAUAACUGGAUGCUUGAGGAGCGACGCCCGGUCUACCUCGACCACGCGCCGGUCAACGACGCGGCCUACCUCGACGCCUCCACGCUCCUCGUCGCCGCGCGCGAGCGCCCCGGCAGGCGGGACGGCGGCGUGGCAGCCUUCUCGGCGCUCACCGGCGAGAUGCGCCACCGCUUCCGCGUCGCGCACGAUCGCCAGGUCAGGUCCUUCACCCCCGGGGCGCUGGCCUUCGACCUGGAGUGCAGCAUCUUUGCGAGCUGCAAGGGCCGGCUCAACGAGUACGGCAUUGGCGUGUGGGACGGCACCACCGGCGAGCAGACGGGCUUCUUCUACGAGCCGCCUGGCUGCGCCCUCGGCGACGCCGAUAAGCUCCAGUGGCUGGACGGCACCAAGACGCUCAUGGCGGCCACCAUGUUUCCGCGGGCGGAUUCUUCUUUCAUCAGCCUGCUGGAUUUCCGGGACAAGAAGGUCGUCUGGUCGUGGUGCGAUGUCGGCACGCCGGCGUCGCUCGAGGACAAGCACGCGGUCCACGCCAUCGCAAUGGAGGACGGGAGGUCCGUCUGCGUGGUCAACCAGUACGACGACCUCGGGUUCCUCGACCUCCGGAGCAACGCCGGCGCCGUGCGGUGGAGAUCACGGAGCAAGCUGAUGAGCAGGAAGAAGGUGCACGCCGAGGAGACGUGCUAUCCCAAGCUCGCCACGCACGCCGGCCAGCUGUUCGCGUCGACGAACGACGCCAUUUCGGUGUUCAGUGGCCCCGACCAUGCACUCACCUCAACGCUGCGCGGGACCGACGGCGGAGCCAUUUGCGACUUCUCCAUUGGGGGUGACCGUCUUUUCGCCCUGCAUAACGAGGAGAAUGUGUUCGAUGUGUGGGAAACGCCGCCACCGCCGAUCAUCUGACACUUGUGCGAGGAUCAGUUACAUUUUUCAUCAAGACAAAAGGGGAAGAACUAGUGAUAGAGGUUUUGACAAUGGAGAAACAUGCUGUAGCAUUCUCAUCGUUCUGACAUGACCAGACAAGAUUCAACUGUCACUAAACUUGUACUCCUUCCGAUUUUAAAUACUCCCUAUGUUCCAUAAUUUUUGUGACUGUUUCAGUUCAAAU